CAUAACCUUUUCUCGAACUCACUCGCUGUUUGCAGUGAUGAGUCUAUUAUGCGAAGACCUCUGUUGUUCUUCAUUGUCCUCCUCAAGGGCUCCGUGUUCGGGCAUUGGUGGUUAAGACGCCUGCCUGCUUGGGGUCCACAGAUGGUGGCCUUCAGUAAUCUGUGAGGGGGAAGGCAGAGGUCAUGAUUGACUGGCACAAUGGCACGGUGCCCAGCCACCGGGAGGAUGAGCGCAUCGUUGAGGAGAGGUCAAAGUGUGUGCUGGCUUACAUCCCCAUCAUCUACUACAGCGCUCUCUUGUGUAUAGGAGUGCCAGUGAACAUCCUGACAUUAGUGGCUCUCUCCCGACUGGCUGUUCGGACCCAGAAAUCGCUCUAUGUGUAUCUUUUGGCUUUAACUGGCUCCGACAUCCUCAGUCAGCUCUUCAUCAUCUUCGUGGGCUUCCUACUGGAAACGGCCGUGUUCCACCGAGAUGUCCCCGUGCUGCUGCUCCGGUCGGUCAGUAUGCUGGAGUUCGCCGCUAACCACGCCUCCAUCUGGGCCACAGUACCUCUCACGGUCGACCGCUACGUUGCUUUGUGUCACCCGUUGCUACACCGGCAGAUAAGCUACCCGGCACGUGCCCGACGGAUCAUUGCUGUGGUGCUCACGUUAGCCUUGGCAUCCGGCGUGCCUUUUUUUUGGUGGUCGGACAUGUGGAGGGUCAGCCGCCUGCCUAACACAUUGGAUGCCACCCUGAUCUGGACUCAUGUGACUAUUAUCUACUUUCUUCCAUGCAGCAUCUUCCUGCUGCUAAACUCAUUGAUUAUCCUAAGGCUUCGUAAUAGGCAGAGGAAGCACAUGUGCCAAGAGGACACCGGGCAGCAGUUGGCAUUGCCAAGCAAGCUGGGUAAAACCACAGCUAUGCUGCUGGCAAUCACUUCUGUGUUUGCCGUACUUUGGGCACCUCGUACCGGAGUGGUACUCUAUCAUCUCUACGUGUCAUCGGUGUACAGAGAUUGGCGCGUGCAUCUCGCGUAUGACCUUGCCAACAUGAUAGCCAUGCUAAACACCGCUGUGAAUUUCUUUUUGUACUGUUUUGUCAGCAAGCCCUUUAGAGCAGCGGUGAGGGACGUUCUGUUGUUACGGGGGGCACAUUUGCACCCUCGCCGGCCUCUGCAUCACCAGCGCACCCCUGUCAACGCCUCAACCUCCUCAGUUUACAGCAGCACCAAACGUUCACAGAGGGAGGUCGCUCCACUCUCUCCAAAAAGUGUGCACAGUGCUUAACACAUGUAUUAGGCUGCAUGUCAUAAAGAGAAAACACAAAUAUUUUAGGAAUCUGUCAAAAACGAAUAAUUUUAUUUUCAUUUAUUGGGCAAAUAUCAGACUUAAACAACUAAACAACUACAUUUAUUUACAUUUUAAUACCCAAAUUUGAGCACAUUUAUUUUCUCUCAGAAGUCAGAAAUGAAUCAAGCGUAUAGCAUUAAACCACUAAAAAUCUUUUUUAUUAAGGACUGCAUGUAAACUGAAAUUGGGGAUCUGAAUAGAAAAUCUAGUGCUUUUACUAUUUUUUUGGCUUACUUAUAAAAACAGUCAAUAUGAAAAUUCAUGGAUAAUAACAAUAUUUUAGCAUUAUAAAUAUUACUGUGACUAAAGAGCUUACACAGAAAUAUAAAAAUUAUUUUAAUAUCACCAAUACUGUUAGUUUAGGGCAGCUGUGGCACAAACCUUACAUCAUUGGGUGGUGGUCUAAUAAAUUUGUUUAGCAAAGUAGUUCUGCACAUUAGUAACAAAACUAUGAUUUGGUUUAAAUUAAAAAGGUUGAAUUCAAAUCUAAACGUUUUUUUGUUCAUUUUUGCCAAAGACCUCUGAUUUGAAGUUUUCAAAAUUAGUAUAUUAAACGCGGAGAAGAGAAAAAAUAUAACAUUUAUCAUUGUAUAUUACAGUAUAUACAGUAGGAAUCAUUAUAUAAGAACAUAAGUUACAACCACUUUGCCAGAAUGGCAACUCUCAUUGAAAAUUAUUUUUGCUUGCUUUUUUAACCUCAAACACUGUCAGUGUAAGUGCAUUUGCCAACCCAAUAGAAAGAGUCAAAUUUACAUAUAUUGGGCAGUCAAGCACCCAUUCUGUUAGCUGAGACAUAAAAUGAUUGACUGUAAACUUGAAUGUGCAUCGCGGGUACAGUUUGUCUGAACAAUGUCUUAUCUGAUCCUGGUGGAUCCAGUUUUAGGCUCAACUUGUCUUUUUCAAACCAUUACAUUUGUUUUUGCACUGUUAUUUAUUGUCCUGUCGUCUGCGAGGAAAUGAAAACAUACAGUAUUUAUGAAACAAAGAGAUCUGCCUUAUCAGAUGAGUAGUUUUAUGCCCUCUCAUUUCCCACUAAUGGCUAUUUUCUCAAAGGGAUACUUCACCAAACUAAAAUUUGGUUAUUAUUUACUAAUUUCCUUAACCUGUUUGACAACAGCACUGACAUCAACUGUGAUACUUAAGAACAUUGUUAUUUCAGAUUUUGUGUGAAUGAAUAAUGUUGGAUAGAUGC